GCUGGGAGAUGCUGAGGUGGAGGCUCAGUUGGAAGCUCUUGGCUCUCCCUUGCGUCACGCAGAUGUGCAGCUGAGAUCUGAUCGGCGUGUAGUCUUGGAGGCAGUGAAACAGGAUGGCUCAGCCCUUUUUUUCGUGGAUGAUGCCUUGAAAGAUGAGCGAGCUCUGGUGCAGCAGGCGAUGCAACGGCCGGGUGUGUGA